AUGCACCAAGACAAUACCCCAGUGCAGGCACGCGACGUGAAUACAAGUACAAACGAUGGCCUUGAACUACCAAGCUCUACUACCACGAACACGGCUGAGAAAGCAUCACCAGAUGAGAGUGUCGACGGCACACAUAAACCCUCUUUACUCAAACAUGUAUUCGAUGAGACCCGAUUCUUUGUCGGCGGCCUCAUCCCACGCCCACAUGAGUCAACGAAGCACUACACUAUCCUCCGCCAUUCAUCCAGCGUGGUUUUUUAUCGAGGCCCCACGACCAGCGUGGUCAUCACGGUCUUCUCAUCCUCGCAGCCUAGCGUGCUGCUUCCUGCUACGCGAACAAUUUGGCUACAGCAACGUGGGGUUUCCGGGAACACCGGCAUGAAGCUGAAGAGACUGGUCGGUGCGACGGGUAGCUGGCUGGAUGUCACUCCAACGACACAAGUAGCAGCAGAAGACCUCGGGGCCUCUGAGAGGAGAAGUUGGCAGAGAGAUAUCGACAAGUUCAUGAAGACCGCCGCACGCGAGAAGACGGGCCAUGUGCCAAGGGAGACGCAUGUCAUUCGCCUCCCUGUCGUCGCUGGCGAUGGCUAUUUUCGACUAGUGUUAUGCGCCGGUGGCACGACAGCGUCCUGUCAGGAGGAUGAUGCAGACACUCGCAAACGGUUCACGAAGCGGCGGGUCCUGUGCUCGAGCCCCAUCUUUCGUAUCGCCAGCACGUCUACAGAUCCCAGUGUCUUCCGAGGGGCGAGCUUGAAGACGCUCCCGCUGGAACUAGGCGUGAUGGCAGGAUCCAUCGUGGGAAAUGCAAAGGUGGCUGGUCUUUUGGCCCCGGUGACAAACACGGUCCAACAGCAGAUCCAGAGAGUACAGCCGGACUUUGUCGUGAGAGAGGCUGCAACGACUGCCUACCAGGCAUCAGGUCUGCAGGAGAAGAUUGAAGUGGUUGAUGACGACGACGACCCGUAUAGCUACAGCAGGGAACCAGGCUACGACAACAAGAACGACGACGUGCUGGAACGGCUUGAUGAGGGAGCUGAAGUCGACAUGGAUGUCAUCGGUCCUGAUUCUGGACCCCAGUCUCCGUUCCCUAUCCAGUUCACGGGGAAAAUGACCUGGGGUGCCGAGCAGGAAACCAAGUCAAUUCCCGCUGCGGCCCUCCAAGGGGUUCCAGACAGUACCAUUCUCCGCCUGAAAGGAUCCUCCUCCUACAUGGGAUGGGCCAGCAUCCUGCCGCACCGCGACUUGGACAAAGGGAUUUCAUUGGAUUGGCACGAGGUAGUCCUUGAAGUCAGCCCAUCUCCCCACGCACCGCCGAGUGUCGCAGCUAGGAAUGCCGUCACUGUGAACUGGGCACACGAUCCUGGACUCACAACGACGUCCUUCUCUGCCAAGAUCAAGGUGAUGAUCAUGGACUUCAUCCGGCCUCUAGACACGAGAGCAAGCAGAGACGAGAUAGAGAGAUCCGCUGCAAGAGAUAUCCAGAUUACGCUGUCCAGCCUCAGCAGAAGCAACUGGGGACCGGAGUUGACGAUUGAAAGGGUUAAGACGUCUCAGAGUGCGAGGAGCUUCUCAGAGAAGUAUACGGAUGCGAGAAAGCAGAUACAGCAAAGAACAAACAGCGUUCCACUACACUGGGCCGGUAUCAGGAGUUCCGGUGCCGCGUUGCGUGAUCGCGCUCUUGGAAAUGGAGGCUACUGGGUGGCACGAUGA